AUGCAUGCAAUUAGGAAUGUCGAAGAUUCAGGAAUGUCUGAUUCAGACUCGACAAUUUCAAACUCGAGCACAAUCUCAUUUUCCAGCUUGAAGACGCCAGACAGACGCACCAGUCGUAUGAGAGGGUCGACUGCCAGCACAUCCACCAACGCAUCCUUUACACUGGCCGCUUCCACGUUUUCGUCGGCCGCUUCAGCGUUCACGGCUACCACAGCAUCUACGUCUUUAACCAGAGACACGAGAGACUCCGCUAAAGUUCCAGUGUCGGUGGUUCCUUCGCCAUCCUCGACAUAUGUCUACACCAGAGACGGCCGUUUGGCACCCUGUGUCGCCUACGUUGUUGCCCAAUUGAAGAUGAUGUCCGAGCAGGCCAGUGAAGACAAGGAAGCCGGUAGUGGUAUCGAAGUUGCCAGUAGAAGAGGCACUACUCUUUCGAAUGUCCAGGUGAUCUACUUCAACAAUACUGGGCCCUACGAGCUUAUAACGCUUGUGGAUAACGAUAACCUAGGGAGGAUUAUAGACUACGAGCAGAUCGAUACCAUACAAGAGAUCAGGAACAAGAUCGGCGAGAAGGCCAAGGCGAUGCCCGAGAGCACAAGAUUGGUGGUGGUGAUCGAGAACUUGUAUCUGAUUUUAGAACUGCCACAGGCGCAGCUCUCGUACAACGAGAAGAACCAGUUGUUGGUGAGUGUAGUGAGGAAGGCUACGAGUGGAACGACGCCGUAUGCGUUGUUUCUAGUUGACAAGGAGUACAGCAGCUACGUGAGCAUGUUGGUGGAUGAAGAGGUAGAGGUGUAG